AUGGAGCCGAUGGAGCCGCGCCCGGGUCCCGCGGGGCCUGGGGUGGCUGAAGGACCGCAGCCUGAGUCCGAGGGCGCGGGGGGACCUCGGCCCGUCUGCGCCUUCCUGGACUGGAGCGCCGCGGAAGUGGCUGAGUGGGUGGCGCAGCUCGGCUUCCCCCAGUACGAGGAAUGUUUCAGGGCCAACGGCAUCAGCGGCCGCCGCCUCAUCCACGCGAACUGCUCCAACCUGCCCGCCAUGGGCGUCACGGACUUCGGCCACAUGCAGGAAAUCUCCCGACACGUGCGAGAGUUGCUGGGGAUUGAGGAGCCUCUCUUCAGCAGAUCCAUUGCCCUCCCAUACAGAGACAAUAUGGGUCUCUUCCUAGAGAGAAAGGCACCAACAGGAGAGAAAGCAGAUGCCCUCACUUUCUCACAGUUUAUGCAAGAAGCAGGACUGGAGCCCUGUACUACAGUUCCUUCUUUGCAAGGGUCCCAGACUGUGGUGAGAGUGGAUGCUCUCCCUGCAUCACAGGACAUGCAGAGGCAGAAUUAGAGACUCUUGCUUACCAGAUUGUUCAAGGAGGUACAGUUCUGCCUUUUCACAAUUACAAAAAAUCGUGCACUGCACUGCCACUGCAACUCUUCAUUUUAUCACACCAAACCAAAUUCCCACGUUCUCUCUUUUCUGCAAUACUUCAUUUGCUUAUAGGAACUGAAGUGGAGGUUGUAGAUCAGACUGUACCACUGUGUGUCUUUCACUUCUGCUUCACAGUUGGUUAAAAAAACCCAAAAAACCAUCGUAGACAUAUUUUAGGUAGAAAUGAUUGAUAAGAACAUCCCAGGUGCUCAAGUGAAUAGAUUCUCCCAGGCUUUAGUGUCUGCAGACUGGGUUUGCUCUGAAACCCAGAAGUAAGAUAAAUGACAUAUACAAUAACUGGUGUACAGGUGUGAUGACAGCUGCUGUCAGCAAUCAUAAUUAAGCAAGAGGUCUAAGUGCAACAUGCAUAACUAAUCCUUGGCCUCACCACAGAAAUGAUUUCCUGUGAGGCAAAACCAGGCAGACAGUGUUUUAUCAUGGUAAACAGUACUGAAACACAUGAUAGAUGGUGGCAUAAAGUACAAAAGAAUACUGAACUAGAGCAUUUAGGGAAUAAAAAUUGCAUUGUCCCAGGUGGAUUUGGACAGAGUAUCCAGUUACCUCCUUUUUCCUUGAAGGACAUAUAAUAUAGUCUGUGGUGAUAAGGGUGAGAUGCAUUAUCACCAGCAAGGAAGUAGAAGUAAGUGCUGAUGAAAGCCUGUCUUGACAGAAAGAGUGCUCCUGACUAAGUCAUUAGUAUGUUGUCAAGAUUCAAUGGCUUUCCCAAAAUCCUCCAUGAGGAAUAAAAAAAUACAACAAAAAAAGACUGGGCCUGAUCCUGUUCAGUUUGUUACACCAAAGCUGUAGCUACUACAAAAUAACUGUAAUUUGGUUCUGUUAUUCAGUUUUGUACUGAAGCUGCAAUAGAAACACUGAAACUGAAGCAGUUCAUAUUGCCAAGAGGUCAAUGUAAUAAGCAAAUUCAGACAAAAAAAAAAUAGAAAAGCUCAGGGAACCUGGGAUAAGCAAGUUUGCUGAGAAGUGUAGAGUGAAACUCAGAAGAAAAUGUGUACAUCGGGUUAUUGAGUGGGAUAGUUUAAAGAGUCUGAGAGUUAACAGUGGUGGUUCUUGCACUGGUUAGUCCCAUGAAGGAGCUGGGAUGAGAUCUCAGCAAAGCAUUCCUCAUGGGUUUAAUUUUGGUUUAUGAAGAUUUAGAAUCAUACUCAGCAUUUUCCUCUGGAAUUUCUGAGAAACUGUUGGAAGCAGCUGUGGAGAAUGGAGAUUUGUCAUCCAGUAUCACACUAGGCUACACUACAGCUGAAGUGAGAGAUGUCUUGGUGCUGACUAGCCCACGUUGCUUUGUAGGACAGUCUCUAGAGGAUGCCUGCUACAGUGGAGCACCUGGCAUCAGAUGGCACCAGACAAGCCCUCUCUUUUCUAGCAGCUGGCUGAAGAGACUCUCUCAGUGGCACUGCUGUCAGGUCAAACCAGGGGAGGGUUCUGGGAAGACAAGUGAAAACAUUUACUGACAACAACAGUCCAAAGCAGCUUACUAACAAUGUAACAAAUAGUGGUUUUCUUCAUUAUCUGAGGACAAGACUAUUUUCUUGGGCCUUUGAGAAACCUUCAGACUCAGAGACUUGAAUAUAAAAUGUUCCAGGCAUCACUCUGUGAAGUUAAGUAAAACUGAGACUAAUGGUUCUAGAACAGUCCUGCAAAAGCAGGAAUUCUUUCCCUCAAGCAGCAUUCCCCUGACUUAAUAUCCUCAAUAGUCCAGUUCAUGAACUGUCAUAAGAUCAUUAUGUCCAAGAAUUGUCCUCUCUAGAUAUUCCCAUAGGAUUUUUUUUAUCCAAUGCCCGAGUCUUGAUCAGUUGCUUCAGACAACCUUGAUAAGUAGGAUCUAGGGACAAAAUAACUCAGUCCAGGUCUUCUGUUGCUAAUACAUCAUCUAAGGCAAUUCCUGGGGCAGGGAUGUGGUCCUAAAGCAACAUGGAGUUCAGCACCUUCCAACCCAACAAGGCAGCCCAUGUUUUACGUGAGAUAAGUUGCAAAGCAGAGACAAGCAGUACCUCUGCAUUCCACUGUCUACUUUCUCCUCUUGAGUAAUUGAAGAGGCAAAAUCUUUGCUGACAAAACUCUUGCACAAAAACCUGGGCAGGAGGGUUUUUGCUCUGCACAGAUGAGGCUGUAUUCAGGAAAGCUGAGGUCAUUGCUUAAGUUCAGUGCCUUCUGGUGAGGCAGGUUCUGCCAUAUGAUGCUGUUCAGACCUGCAUAAAAAAUGACCACUAUUCAUGGAAUUGUAUUUUCCUUGCAGGAUGGACAAAAUCAAAUAUCAAUUACCAGUGUGCACACGGAUAUGAAGAAAUAUUCUCAUCUCACACUGCUGUGAGGAAUCACACUGACAACCAGACCUGUUUGGUUUGAAACCUCUGAUCUGGGAUCAUUUUAGGUGAGGGAUGCUAAAAUUAAUAGUAACAAGUCCAAUAUAGCUUGUAUUUUUUGUAGCUCAUACUAAUUGAGUAAAGAGAAGCCCUGACAGGCUGCAUAUAAAGUCACAUAGCCGUUUGGCCAUGAUGGCACAGUGAGCACCCAUGGGUGCUUCAAGCGCACUCAGCAAUGCGUUAAUUACAGGGUGCUUGUUCUGAUGGUUUGGGUCCCUUUUUGUAGAAACAAUGGGUUCGAGUUCCAUCCAGUGGUAAAACCCAGAAACUGCAGGUUUGAGUCCUGCAGUGAAUCCUGCAGUAUCCUGUAGUGAAACUACAGGAAUGGGGAAAGGUGCACGGUGAAGUUUUUUAGGCCACAUUUAAGUUAGUAAGUUAGCAGCUUUUAUGGUGGAGUUUGCUCAGAUGCUUUGAGUUCUUUUAACUCUAAGGGAGCUGUAUGAGUUCAAUGCAGUAUAUGAAUAUUUUGUGUGUAUUAAGAAGAAUGAGUAUGUGUUGAGUCUGCCAGCAUUAAAAAAACAAACAACUGACAUAGGGACACCCAUGGCAUAAAGCUUGUUUGCUAAAACAUUGUUUUUGAUGAAUGCAUAAGUAUGUGAAGUCUUGUACAGGACAUGUGCAGUUGGAAUGAUUUUCACUGCACAUCCUGGCCAAAAUAAAGUCAUGCAACUCACAGACAUCUCAAAGAUAGGGUCAGAGAGUUUCACUUCUUCCUGAGUUUCGUGACAGUUCCAGGCUCUGAAGUGACAUGGUCCAUUUUUCUUGAGAGGAGGGAUGGAGGUGUCAAGGCUGUACACAGUGACAGGACAAGUGACAGCAGAUGGACAGCACGUAUGACAGGAGGCAGCAGAAGAGGCCACCGGCUGAGCAUUGUUAUAAAAGCAUGUGAAGCUCUGCUUCUGCAGGGCUACUGCACUACGCAAGGAGAAAGGGACACAACAGCCCAGAGAGACAGCAGAGCUGACCAACCAACACCUCUAGGCACUGGAACACAAUUACCUGUGCUCUGCCACAUGCAGGUGACACACAAACCACUGCUACCAGACUGGUAACACUGUCUGCCUGCCCAAAGUGGCAUAAAGGGACUCUGGUGGCUGCCCAUCACUUCUUACAUAGCAAAGGGCAGCAGCAGAGUGACACAAAGGGAUAAACAUGAAAAGAGCUCAGCUGCCUGGCCCAGUCUUUGUAGGCUGAUUUAAAGUCUUUAGCUGAAACAGCUGAGCCCUAGGAUCUGGCUAGUUUUCAAGAUCUAUAAAAAGCUAUUUAAUAAUCCCUGUUUUGUCUCUUCCCCGAGAUGAUUAGAAAGAUUUUAUUCCAAACAUGUCCCUGGAGGACCAUUCUCCCCCUUUGUCUUAUCUAAGAGUUUAUGAGGUUAUAUGCCUUUAUAUGCAGCCUAUAAACUACUUGUUUACUCAAUUAGUAUGAGAUACAUAAAAAAUAC